AUGGCAACUCAUGAAGAGUUUAUUAGGACUCAAGUGUUCGGUACGGUCUUCGAGAUCACAAACCGUUACACAGAUCUCAAUCCUGUAGGUAUGGGGGCGUUCGGGCUCGUUUGCUCCGCUACUGAUACUUUGGCUCAACAACCCGUUGCGAUUAAAAAAAUUAUGAAACCUUUCUCGACUGCUGUCUUGGCCAAGAGGACGUACCGUGAAUUGAAAUUGCUGAAACAUUUGAGACAUGAAAAUCUAAUUUGUCUACAGGAUAUCUUCUUAUCUCCGCUGGAAGAUAUCUAUUUCGUUACUGAGUUGCAAGGGACUGAUUUACACCGUCUUUUGCAGACUCGUCCCCUGGAAAAACAGUUUGUUCAGUAUUUUCUUUACCAGAUCCUAAGAGGUCUGAAAUAUGUGCAUUCAGCCGGUGUGAUUCAUAGGGAUUUGAAACCUAGUAACAUUUUGAUAAACGAGAAUUGUGAUUUGAAGAUUUGCGAUUUUGGAUUGGCAAGGAUUCAGGAUCCGCAGAUGACGGGUUAUGUUUCUACUCGUUACUAUAGGGCUCCGGAGAUUAUGUUGACAUGGCAAAAAUACGACGUGGAAGUUGAUAUUUGGUCUGCUGGUUGUAUCUUUGCGGAGAUGACAGAGGGGAAGCCUUUGUUCCCUGGUAAGGAUCAUGUUCAUCAGUUUUCUAUCAUUACGGAUCUGUUGGGUUCGCCACCGGAAGAUGUUAUCAAUACGAUAUGUUCUGAAAAUACGCUGAAAUUUGUGACUUCUUUGCCCCAUCGUGAUCCCGUGCCUUUUAGAGAGAGAUUCAAGACCGUAGAGCCCGAAGCCGUUGAUCUGUUGGAGAAAAUGCUGGUGUUCGAUCCAAAGAAGAGAAUCACCGCCGCUGAUGCACUGGUGCAUCCGUAUUUGGCGCCAUAUCACGAUCCUACUGACGAACCGGUAGCAGAUGCGAAAUUCGAUUGGAAUUUCAAUGACGCUGACCUACCGGUUGAUACUUGGCGUGUGAUGAUGUACUCUGAGAUUUUGGAUUUCCACAAGAUCGGUGGGGGCGAUGGUCAAAUCGAUACUUCGGCUACUUUUGACGACCAGGUGGCAGCUGCAACUGCAGCUGCUGCACAUGCUGCUGCUGUGGCUCAGGCUCAGGCUCAGGCUCAUUCAAACUCUUCAAAUUCAAAUUCAUUGUCAAAUGUAAAUUCAAAAUCAAAGGCGGCUAGGGAUUCCGCUAAUGAUGCAAUCACUAAUUAUGGUAACCAAGCGGUUCACUAUGCAAAUGAGUUCCAACAGUAA